UGUGCCUUGUGGAGUGUGGAGCGUGAAGUCGAGUGGCUGAGAGGAAGGGGCCACGGGCACCGCGGGGCGGGAGCGGCGGGCUGCGGGCACUCUCGGGCUUUUCCCCAGCCGGGCCCCGCGUACCUCCCUCUCGGAGCCGCGUUUCCUCUUCUCCGGGACUCGGAGCCGGCCGCGCGGCUCAGCUUUCGCCUGACACAGUUACAAAUCUAAAAUAAAGAAGAAAGCAGAAUGUCGUCAGUAUCAUCUGAAUACACAAUUGGUGGGGUGAAGAUUAACUUCCCUUGUAAAGCUUAUCCAGCACAACUUGCUAUGAUGAAUUCUAUUGUUAGAGGACUAAACAGUAGGCAGCAUUGUUUGUUGGAGAGUCCCACAGGAAGUGGAAAAAGCUUAGCUUUACUUUGUUCUACUUUAGCAUGGCAGCAGUCUCUUAGUGGGAAGUCGGUGGAUGAAGGUGUGAAUAAAACAGCUGAGAUGACUUCAUCUUGUUCUUGUGUAUGCCACUCAAAGAAUUUUACAUUCAGUGACGCAAAACUAGGAACUUCGCCUCAUUUUAGUAGUCCAAGCAAACCAUCUCCUGAAAGAAAUGGCACUUCAUCAACCUUUCAAGACUCCCCUGAAAAAAAUACUCUGGCUGCAAAGUUAUCUGCCAAGAAACAAGCAUCCACUCACAGAAAUGAAGAUGAUGAUUUUCAAGUAGAGAAGAAAAGAAUUCGACCCUUAGAAACUACACAGCAGAUGAGAAAACGUCAUUGUUUUGGAAAGGAUGUCCACCAUUUAGAUGCAGGAGUAGCUUCAGGAAGGAUGGCAAAACCUGACUCUCCUACAGGAAAGACAAACUUCUCUCCACAAAAUCCCCCUGGCCCCUGUUCCUGGUGCUGUUGUUCUACUAAACAAGGAAAUGGACAAGAGUCUUCAAAUACUAUUAAGAAGGAUCAUGCGGGACAAUCCAAGAGACCCAAAAUAUAUUUUGGGACACGCACACACAAGCAGAUUGCUCAGAUUACUAGAGAGCUCCGGAAGACCAUGUACUCAGGGGUCCCGAUGACUAUUCUUUCCAGCAGGGAUCAUACUUGUGUUCAUCCUGAAGUAGUUGGUAACUUCAACAGAAAUGAAAAGUGCAUGGAAUUGCUGGAUAUGAAACAUGGAAAAUCCUGCUAUUUUUAUCAUGGUGUUUAUAAAAUUGGUAAUCAACAAACACUACAGAACCUUCAAGGAAUGUGCAAAGCCUGGGAUAUUGAAGAACUUAUCAGCCUAGGAAGAAAGCUGAAGGCGUGCCCCUAUUACACUGCUCGAGAACUCAUGGAAGGUGCGGACAUAAUAUUUUGUCCCUACAACUACCUUCUAGAUGCACAAAUAAGAGAAAGUAUGGAUAUAAAGCUGAAAGAACAGGUUGUCAUUUUAGAUGAAGCUCAUAACAUUGAAGAAUGUGCUCGGGAAUCAGCAAGUUACAGUGUAACAGAAGUUCAGCUUCGGUUUGCUCGGGAUGAACUAGAUAGUUUGGUCAACAGUAAUGUAAGGAAGAAAAACCAUGAACCCCUACGAGAUAUGUGCCAUAACCUCAUUAAGUGGUUAGAAACAAACUCUGAACAUCUGGUAGAAAGGGGCUAUGAAUCAUCUUGUAAAAUAUGGAAUGGAAAUGAAAUGCUGUUAAAUUUAUACAAAAUGGGCAUCACUGCUGCUACUUUUCCCAUUUUACAGAGACAUUUUUCUACUAUCCUUCAAAAAGAAGAAAAAGUCUCAUCAAUUCAUGGUAAAGAGGAGGCAAUAGAAGUCCCUAUUAUUAGUGCUUCAACUCAAAUAAUGCUCAAAGGACUCUUUAUGGUGCUUGACUAUCUUUUUAGGGAAAAUAGCAGAUUCGCAGAUGAUUAUAAAGUUGCUAUACAACAGACUUACUCCUGGACAAAUCAGAUUGCUAUUUCAGAUAAAAAUGGGGUCUUGGCUUUACCAAAAAAUAAGAAACGUGUACGACAAAAAAUUGGAGUUCAUGUGCUAAGCUUUUGGUGCUUAAAUCCAGCCGUGGCCUUUUCAGAUAUUAAUGACCAAGUACGGACAAUUGUUUUGACAUCGGGAACAUUGUCACCUCUGAAAUCUUUUUCAUCAGAACUUGGUGUUACAUUUACUAUCCAACUGGAGGCCAACCAUGUCAUCAAUAAAUCACAGGUUUGGGUUGGUACUAUUGGUUCAGGCCCAAAGGGUCGGAAUCUCUGUGCUACCUUCCAGCAUACUGAAACAUUUGAGUUCCAGGAUGAAGUGGGAAUGCUUUUGUUGUCUGUGUGCCAGACUGUGAGCCGAGGAAUUUUGUGCUUUUUGCCAUCUUACAAGCUGUUAGAGAAAUUAAGAGAACGUUGGGUUUUCACUGGUUUAUGGCAUAGUUUAGAGUUGGUGAAGACAGUCAUUGUAGAACCCCAAGGAGGAGAAAAAACUGACUUUGAUGAAUUGCUGCAGGUGUACUAUGAUGCUAUCAAGUUCAAAGGAGAGAAAGAUGGAGCCCUCCUCAUAGCAGUUUGUCGUGGCAAAGUGAGUGAGGGUCUGGAUUUCUCAGAUGACAAUGCCCGUGCUGUCAUAACAGUAGGAAUUCCUUUUCCAAAUGUGAAAGAUCUACAGGUUGAACUAAAACGACAAUACAAUGAUCACCACUCAAAACUGAGAGGUCUCUUGCCUGGCCGUCAGUGGUAUGAAAUUCAAGCAUAUAGAGCCUUAAAUCAGGCCCUCGGGAGGUGUAUUCGACACAAAAAUGAUUGGGGAGCUCUCAUUCUAGUAGAUGAUCGCUUCAAUAAUAACCCAAAUCGCUAUAUAUCAGGACUUUCUAAGUGGGUAAGGCAGCAGAUUCAGCACCACUCGUCCUUUGCAAGUGCACUGGAGUCCCUUACUGAGUUUUCUAAAGAACACCAAAAAGUCACUGAUCUAUCCAAAAAAGACAGAAAAUGUAUAAAAGACAGUGAGUCUACUCUUGAAAUGGCCUGUCUGGAGGAGAACACUCUGACAUCUCUACCAGAAGCAGCAAGUCCUCUAGCACGAGGAAAUCCUAGGGAAGAAGAAGCAAAAAUGUGUGUCCAGCAGCCACAAUAUCCUAAAACAAAUACGAAAAAUCUGUCAGUACUGAGUCACAUCACCUCCAGAAGGGACAAAAAUCAUCCAGUAUUAUUGGAAGAGUCUGCCCAGGCAGUGAAAACAGAAAAAAAGGUGAUUUCCAGGUCCUUAAGCCCAACUUUUGGAGAACAAAUAGAUCAAGUUAGCUGGCCUGUCUUUGAUUCUUUAAGACAGCAUUUCACUGGUAAAGUACACACUAGCACACCUGUACUUGAGUCAUCAGAGAGUUGUGCCUCUCCUACUUUCAAAACAAAAACAGUGGAAAGCAAAACUGUUUUGCCACUCACUGGUAAAUGUGAGUCCUCCAAUAUAAUACGAGACACGUCACGUGGGCCAUGCCCUCAGUCAGAAACUACUGUUUCAGCAGUGAACAUUGAUGUCACUCCUACUAAGAAAGAUCAUUCAACACAGCUCUGCUAUGAGAAAGCCCUACAUCCAGAUAGUGAAUUGUCUCCAGGAAGUGAAGAAGUCAAGCAUUCCAGUUCAAAUAAAGCUCUUGACACAGAAGCAGAAGAUGACUCUAUAUAUUUUACCCCUGAACUUUUUGAUCCUAUAGAUGAAGAAAGCAGUGAACUAGUUGAAACUGAUAUAUCCAGUGAUGAUUCAGAUUGUUUAGCUGAAGACCUUUUUAAAACUGGAACUAGAAAAGGAGCAGAUUCAUCAGAAAUGAAAGCUGAAGAUUGCACAGACACAAAGUUAAAUGGAGUCACACCUAGCAAAGAAAAAAUUGAUAUCAAUGAUAAUAUGACAACUUGUAUAAGUGAGUUGGAGCUGGGAAAAACAGAAUAUAUAUAAGGAACUUUAAAUGAGAAGCGGGAGGGGGUGUCCCCUGAUGUUAGGUAAUGCUGUCAGACUGUAAACUAUCUUGUUAUGCAUUUUUAAAGCUGUUGUAAAUAAUAAUUUAAGCAUUGGGUAAAUGCUAUACUUAAAUUUUUUUUUUAGAUACUGUUAAUCCAUUGUCAGAUUUUAGGUCUUUUAUAUUCAGAAAUUUAAGUUUUAUUCUAGAGUUUUAAUUAAGUGAUUCAUACCAAGUAUUUUCCUCUUAAAUUUAGAGUUUUCUAGGGCACUUCCAGCUUCAUGUAAUUAUUCAUAUUUUAUAGUUCACUUGAUAUGUUUUCAUGCCAGUAUAUAAAGAUUAAUCACAAUUGAAUCUAGUCAUGCUUCAGCCAUUUUUUGAUGUACAUUUUAAUUCAGAAACAAUAUUAUAUACAGUUAUAGAAUGCCAAAUGAAAUAUUUCAAAUAUUCGAUUCUAAUUAUUUAGUUUUACUGUCAUUUUACAAAGUAAUAUGUGUCAAUCUCUGGCCUCCACAUAUGCAUGCACAGUGACACCCACACAUGCAUAUACAUCCUUCCCUACAUACAAGUACACACACACACACACACACACACACAUACACACAUACAAAAUGAUACACAAUUCCCAGCAGUGCCAAAAAAAGUCAUAUAUUCUAGCAUAAAACUUUAAUUUUGUAACUGUUAAGAUAUAAAACUUCCUACUGCAAAUUUAAUAAGCAAGUGUAUAUACAAUGAUCAUUUUUGUGAAUUUUUAGUGUAUUUACAUUUUAAAGAAUGAAACUCUAAACCUGAACAAAAAUGGUUAUAAAACAUGCUCAUCUCCGAUAGUCCAAAAAUACAUCCACUGAUUUUUUUUCAAAGAAACAUUUAGAUUCACUUAAACUUGUUACAGUAAUUUGAAUGAAAAGAGAGUGGUGUGUGUGCGCAUGUGUGCAUGUGUGCAUGCGUGUGUGUAGCUGAGAGUCAAACCCAGAGCUCACAUGCAAAGCAGGCUCACUACUGUUGAACUACAUCUCUAACUGGAAUUGUAUAAGCUGUUAAACUAUGUGUGAUUUAUUAUCAUGUCAAAAUUCCCAGUAAUAUUUUUGUGUUUAUUUGGGUAAAUGAAUUAUUAUGUGUGCAUAUAUUUGCUUUCAUUUUGAUAGCAUUUAGAUUUAAUCCAUAAAAUUUGAAUUGACAGCUCACCAAUUAAAGAAUUUAUCUGUGAAUUUAUUAGGUAGUUUCUACAUUGUUUUGAAAGAGCAAAACCAUUUCUCCUGGUAUUGAUCUUAAGCCACAGAUAGAGUAGUAGGGUCCUGGAAAGAAAAGACAAGGCUCUAUUCCUGGCUCUGCCUCUGAUUUGCUAAGUUAUAUUGGCAGAACUAUGCCUUUCAUGGAAUUAGUUUCAUCUGUAAAAUGUGGACUUUAAUACUAUAAACUCCUUCAAUUCCCUUUCAAUAAUUUAAAGGAAUAUCUGUUGAUAUUUUAUUCUGUUUUUAGUUCCAAAUGCUUAAAACAUACCAUUUCGUAAAGAAAGGUCAUAUGACUUACUCAUCUACAUAUGUUCUGGGAGCAUGAGUAUGUGUAUAAUCACUUAGAAAAAUAGAUGCUUAUUUUAACUAUUACAAUCUAAAAGUUUUUGAGACUAUUGUUAUUUUUAUUUUAUGUGUAUGAGUGUAUUGUCUGCAUGUAAGUGCACCUGUUUUGUUUUUGUUGCUCAUAUAGCCCAGGUUGGCUUUGAGCUCCUGAUCCUCCUGCCUUACAUCCCAAUGCUGGGUUAACAAUUGUGCUAUACCAUGCCCAGCUUGAAAAUACCUUUUGAAGAAUUGAUAGACUACAUGAAAAAUCAUGCCUAUCAUUUUAUAGUCAUGUACCCAACUUGAUCACAAAUACCAUCUCCUUUCCCUAGAUUAUUCUUCCCACAAUCUCAUAUGCAUAUUACUGUGGAGUGUGCAGAGAUGUGCACAAAGUCUUAGUAUUUCUAAAAUGUUCAAAAAUUGUGGUGACAGCACUGAUAGUAAUAGAUCAAGGGUUUCCUCAGAUUGUCUCUCUGAACAAGAUGGUAAUAUAAAAAGUAAACUGUUAAGAGUAGGAGCUAGGCCAUUUCCAUUAGUGAUAGCAUGCUUUAUUAAAGAAGAGACGCUUAAAGAGUUAAAUUUAAAGCAUGUAAAAGAGUGCCUGGCCCAUAGCAAGUGAGUAGCUAUUAGUAAGAAGGUCACUCCUGCCUCUGCACUCUGGCUUCAUAUGAUGCUUUCCCUAACUGUGCACAGACUGACAAUAAAGAACUGUUAAAGAGACUGAAGGAAAAAUUGUUUUUUGUUUGUCUUUUUGAGAC